AUGCCACUGGUCGAACCCUUCUCCGCACAAAUCCUGCCACAGCGCAUCAACCAGACAUUCGACGGCAAGAGGCGCAAACAGCCACUCGACCUAUCACAGUGUCAGUUGAUGAAGAUGAUCCAGUACAAUUGCGACGUCGAGAACAAGUAUACGCCUAAGGCGGCCGUGACAUGUCAUGAGGUCCUGCGGGUAUUUCGAAGAUGCGCCAACGGGACCACAGUCGAGACUACGGCUUGGGAAAAGGAGAUAAUCUAG